UGUCUGCUAUGUGAGUGGUGAAGCAAGAGAGAGAGAGAGCAUGAGAGAGAAAGAGAAGGAGGGGGGGCCAAGUGAGGGCUGAAGAGACUGAGAAUGGAUGGGCACCGAGAAACCGUGCGAGCGAGAGAGAAAGAGUGUGUGUGUAUGCUCAGAGUCAGCAGCGAAGACACAAAGUCUACAAGCUCACAUCAACAAGAGAGCGUGAGAGGCAGCGCAGACCACGGGCAACUCUGAAGAGUGACACAGACGGGAAAGAGACACACACAGUGACACAGAAGAGGAGAAAAGAAUCGGCAGAAGAAGAGAAGGACUGAAGACAGACUACCAGCCUUCCACUGGUUAAAGGAGACACCACAGAGGGACUCUAGCAUCCGCCCCCCACCCCCGCCCCCCCAGCAGCAGCAGCAGCAGCAGCAGCACAGAGGAGCACUGUCUCAUCUCGUGCAUCCGUGGUGCCUGCCAACUUCAAUUCCACACUUGCCCACUGUUUUUCAUAGGUUUUGCCCUCUCCACUCCUCAGUCAUGAUCCCUUGGGUCCUUCUGCUCCUGUGGAUCUCCGGACAUGGGGCGGAGGCCAUGUUUUCCCAGCAGCCACAGGAUCUGGUUGUGGUGGCAGGCCAGCUUGUGACGUUACCAUGCACUAUCCCCGGUUACCAUGGCGUUGUCCUAUGGAUCAAAGAUGGCCUGGCCCUGGGAGUUGGCAGAGACCUCGCUGGCUAUCCUCGUUACACAGUGAUUGGCGACCACGGUUCAGGAGAGCAUCAUUUGCAAAUCCAACGUGUCGAGCUGAUGGAUGAUGCUGUGUUUGAGUGCCAGGCUGUCCAGGCUGCCAUGAGGUCCCGUCCUGCCCGUCUCACUGUGCUGGUCCCCCCAGAGGACCCAGUCAUCAGUGGAGGGCCGGUGGUGAGCCUAAGGGCUGGUGACCCACUCAAUCUGACCUGCCAUGCUGACAACGCCAAGCCGGCAGCCUCAAUCAUCUGGAUCCGCAAUAGAGAGGUCCUUAACGGGGCAAUGUACUCCAAGGUAAGCAUAGAGACCUUGCUCCGGGAUGGCAGGAGAGAAAGCACUGUGAGCACGCUCUACCUAUCACCUUCCAACAUCGAGACGGGUCAGCAGAUCAUCUGUAAGGCCUCCAACAAGGCAGUCACCAAUGGCAAGGAGACCAGUGUCACAAUUGACAUCCAGCAUCUCCCACUAGUGAAUCUCUCCGUGGAGCCUCAACCUGUUCUGGAGGGCAACCUUGUGAAAUUCCACUGCUCUGCAAAGGCCAACCCUCCUGUCACACUCUACAGGUGGGCCAAAGGAGGAAGCAUUAUCAAGGAGGUUUCCGGAGACACAUAUGAGGUUAUUGUGGACCACUCCUUCUUUACAGAACCCGUUUCCUGCGAGGUUACCAACCCUCUUGGCAGCACAAACAUCAGCCGCAACGUUGACGUCUACUUUGGUCCUCGCAUGGCUGCGGAGCCUCAGUCCUUGCAGGUGGAUCUUGGAUCUGACGCUGUUUUCAACUGUGCCUGGACAGGAAAUCCCUCUCUUACCAUAGUGUGGAUGAAGAGGGGAUCUGGAGUGGUUCUUAGCAAUGAGAACCUCCUGACGCUGAAAUCUGUGAGACAAGAGGAUGCUGGGAAAUACGUUUGCCGUGCUGUGGUCCCGCGUGUAGGAGCAGGAGAAAAGGAGGUUUCUCUCACUGUCAAUGGGCCACCUACUAUCUCCAGUACCCAGACUCAGCAAGCUUUACAUGGAGAAAAAGGACAAAUCAAAUGCUUCAUUCGAAGUACACCUCCUCCAGACCGCAUCGCCUGGUCAUGGAAGGAAACGGUGCUGGAGUCUGGAACGUCCGGCCGCUACACCGUGGAGACUGUCACCACAGAAGAAGGAGUAAUCUCCACACUGACCAUGAGUAACAUUGUCCCAGCUGACUUCCAGACCAUCUACAACUGCACCGCGUGGAACAGCUUUGGCUCGGACACCGAGAUCAUACGCCUUAAGGAACAAGGUGGGAGCAAAGAAUCUCUCCCAGUGGCGGUGAUCAUCGGCAUUGCUGUGGGAGUUUUUGUGGCCCUCAUUGUCCUCAUGGGCACCAUUGGAGCAUUCUGUUGCACCCGCUCCCAGAGAAAGGAAGCGCACCUGGUUAUGCCCUCACUGCCCGUCUCCAUCUGUGCUCACCAGAGAGAACUUGCAAGCAAAAUUAAGACAGAAAAUCUGAACGGAGUUGUGUCAGCAAAAAAUGACAUCCGGGUGGAGAUUGUACACAAAGACCACAAUGCAGCACGAGAAAACGAAGAACACACCUCCAUGAAGCAACUCAUGGUGAGUGUUGAACGAGGAGAAUUCCAGCAGGAGUCUGUUCUGAAGCAGCUGGAGGUCUUACAAGAGGAAGAGAAGGAAUAUCAGCACAUUAAGGACCCUACAAAUGGAUACUACAGUGUCAAUACCUUUAAGGAGCACCACACGCCUACCAUGGCUGGAAAUCAGUCUACUGAGGUGAGGAACCCCACCAACACAGGUACCCUGGGCAAGCAGCGGGUACCAACGGGCAUGUCCUUCACCAACAUCUACUCCACUCUGGGAGCAGGUCCCAACCGUCUCUAUGACUACAGCCAACGCUUCGCGCUGGGCAUGGGCAGCAGCUCCAUCGAGCUGUGCGAGCGGGAGUUCCAGCGCGGCUCGCUCAGCGACUCCAGCUCUUUUAUCGACACGCAGUGUGACAGCAGCGUCAGCAGCUACAGUAAGCCGGAUGGCUAUGUGCAGUUCGACAAAGACAGCAAGGCAUCGGCCUCCUCCUCCUCCCACUAUUCCCAGUCCUCCUCACAAAACUCAGACCUCACCCGGCCGCUCCAGAAGCGCAUGCAGACCCAUGUCUGACCAGAAGGGUGAGAGAGCGUUUGAAGGGGUGUAACAAGCAGCCAGGACUGUAAAACUGAGACAGAAUCAGCUCCCAGGAGCCCCUAAAGUAACAAUGUUACGGUUUCCUCUGGACGCCUGGAGAUGCAGGGGCUGGUUGGUUUUAAUACACCGUGGGACUUGUUCAGUCUUCUCAGUGUCCCGAAAAGUGGAUCAAGAAGCCUUAUAUUUCCCUCAUGCUUAACUUAUUAACCACCUCCUUUUUUUAAGCCCCAUAAUCAUAAUUGUGCCACAGAGAUCUUAUUUGCCAACACAGAGACAACCCACGUUUUGAAUUAAAAAAUUCAGUACUCGGUUUCUGCAGUGGAAUUGUUAGCAGGGGGCAGGAAUACUACAAAAGCUUUGUGUGACAAUCAGUUCCCCAGGCAAAGAGCAUUUUUGCUUUUUGAAGAUUGUCAUUCAGAAAAACUGAGAUUGUUGUUAAGCACGAGCAUCACGAUAAUGAGUGCGAGCCCAUGUCCUCCUGCUCUCUUGUAGUUUGAAGCACAAAAAAUGAAUGUGCAUGUGGUUUUCAGUUGUUAAAGCAAUAACUCUUUCCUCUCCCCAACUUCUAUUCAAACACUGUAUGUUAAGCUUGUUGAAACUCGUCUCAUGUGUAGGUGGAAGAAAACUUUCUCCAUGUGCCCACAGACGUCUCAAACAUUUAAAAGAACAACUUUUUUUUUCUUUUUCCGCAGCAGUAUCUGGGCCACAGAGCUGAGCAGAUAAAGAGGGGCUGAGAUCUCAUUUUAAAUCCCUGAGUCAUUAUUUUACUGUGACACACAAAGAAUAUCAGUGUACAUACUGACUGUAAUUUCUUUUCUAGAAUCUGAUUUCUGACUCUGAUUUCCCUCAUGGAGGACUCUAAAUGAGACAUGAGCGCCUCUUCUUGUCCAUAUCUACUUUGCCUUGAGGGUCUGUGUGAUCUGUGUCAAUACAAACUUUGGCUAAGCAAGAUAGACAUACACUAUCAGCUCUUGUGUUGAUGGAGAGCUGCAUCCUCCACGGUGUUACCACACCAAAUCCAGCUCCAAGGCAUGCGGCAGGAAAGCUCACAAACUGCAACAUACUGUAUGUUGUACUUGUGAGUUUCUCCUGCUAACGCCGCAGAUCAUCAGCCAUAUACUUAAGGGGAACCUGUUGAAUGAAAUGUAAACAUUAUAUUUUAGCUGAGCUUCUUUUUGUGUCGUUAUCCCAUUGCUAUUGUCAAUAUCACUGUUGACACUGGAGCUUAGUGCACCCUGACUGUAUACCUACCUGUGAUCGUGCAGGUCAUCAAGGGACAUGAAGAGCCAAUUUUACGAAAUGUGUUUUAUUUUGCUAUCUGCUUUAUUUUUGGCUACUGUGGAGCUGAUGGUGUCACACUGGCUCUUUAUUUUGUUGUGUUCUGCACUGUAUGUGACAUAUAUGAAAUUUGAUUUAUUAUUUAAUCACUGACACUGUAUUUGUUUUAGUUGAGAGUAGAGACAGUAGUGAUUUAGCUUGCAGCUACACAAACGCUUAUACCUAACAUUUCAAAGUGAGUCUCUGUCAAGAGUGUCGUAGUCAUGCAUCAUGCAUGUUUUGUGGCAAAACAAAGUAAUGAAUGGGGAGUGCUGCUUUUUUGCAGUACUGAACACUAGGAAUCCUAAUGCAGAUGUGCAGAUACCAUAAUGCAAUUGGGCAAAAAUAUUGUAUCUGUAUUCUAACCUGGAUGCAACCACACCAAAUAAGAUGUAAACCCAACAAAGGUUGUGAUCAAAACUCCUUAAGAUGUGUUGAAGCAGACCCUUUGGUAAGAGCAACCAUUUACAGUAAGCAUCAGCCUCAGUUAAUUCAUACAUUAUAUCACAUUCGAUUUUAGCCAUCAAAAGCCUCAUACGUUUUUCAAGGUCUGUUCCAUCCAUACUUUAUAGAAUCAGCUUGAUUGUUAUUUGAUCAGUUAUUUGAAGGGUAAAGAGGAGCAACACCAAUGUCACUUUGUUUUGUCAAAUCAAGCUAAAAUGUGACAGAAACUAUACUAGGUUACAAUAUAUCUUAUCUAAUUAGGUAGUUUUUCUGUAUCAUCAAUAGCAAUUGGGAUGACGUGUGUCUGAAACAGCCCAUAAAAAAAGACAAGCAAGGCAUUUCCAACAAAAGCAAUUUGUUGUUGUAAGCACUUUACGUUUGAUUAUAUUCAGGGCAUUUGAAUGGGGUUUUCCACUUGAGUGGCAGUGGUUUGGACUAUAAUUUUACAAAUGGAUUGGCGCCCAUUGUACAGCUUAAGACAAAAAGCUCUGUUUCAACGCUGAUAAUCCAGCUUGGCACUUAGCAGACUGUAUAUAAAUCUCUAAUGCUGUCUUUCUCUGUAUAUAAUUUUUCCUGGCUUUUCUUUUCUGCCUCAGUCAGAUUUCACUAUAUUAGAGCUUCAUAAAUCCACAUGGCAUCAAAACUGUGUAACAGACAAUAAUUUUCUCUUUGUUUCCCUUCCAGAAAUUUCAUCAAUCUUACUUGUUUCUUACAAAUUCCAUGAUAUGCUUGUGUGAGCAGUUUCUCUUUCCCCAGAUCUCACGGGGGAAAACUCACACUCUGUACAACGAGUACACGGGAGGCUAUAGGGUGAGAAGCUGAGCUUAGCUGGGACAGCUUUGAAGUGAGAUGCAGUAAGAGGUUAUUAUACCUUCAUUCCUUGUGAGAGAUGCCCAGCAAUAUAUUGCAUUUGGCACCAUGAUGACUGUCAAGUAUGCCUGUGCUAUUUUUUUUAAUGUAUUUUUCUCAGCAUGAGUGCAGGAUCAAAUUCUUACCUUGAUAUUGGCAGGACCCAAUUACAGUGUGGGGACAGUUUUCAUUUUUAUUAUCAUUUGCAUAUGUUAUGCAUUAUUGUACAUCCACAGUUUUAGAAUCCAAACAUGUUCACCAUUCAAAACUUAUUAGAAUGCAGACAUUGAGCAUGUCUCUCCCUAGAAACAAAACAAAUUUGCUCUCCUCUCCAUAGGGUCCAGUUUUACUUAUCUGAUGCAGCUCCCGCACUGAUCCAAACAUAAUGCAUUUUUCCCAGUCCAGAGAAUCUGCACACUGCACAGCAAACAGAUAAAUAUUUGAUAGGCCAGCCUUCUGUCCCACCCCCCCCCCCACCCCCCCAUGGCAGCAGCUACAGUGGGCAUGAGAGUACCACAGGAAGCGAGUGCCAUGUCAGUCCUUGGGGAUCAAAGCCCAUGUGGGGACAAAGUCUGCCCUGCUUACCUGUGGACACCUCUCCGGCUGGUGCUGGCGGCGCCUGUUUGCCUGGCUACAAGCACUGCACAGAUGCCAGGGCAUAACAGAUGAAUAAACACAAAAACCCGGAACAAUAACAAGGGGUUGCUGCCCUUUCCUGAUAAAACAAAGCAACCCUUACAGGGCGGAGGAUGCAGGGUAGUCUAUUAUUCAGAGAUGCUAAAUACUAGCCUGUAGUGCAUUGGAUAAGGACAUUUCAAAGGUGAGAGACAGAGGUUAUGAGCAGUGUGAAGUAAAGACUUGUUGCUUGCUCCACCCACUGCCAAUAUUAUAUUUGUUUACUGCACAAAAUGUUUGCUUGGUCUGAAUAAACUAGGGGGGGAAAAAGGAUAAAGAAAUGCUGAACAUUAGUACUGCCAAUAUCUUGCCUAUGCCUGCAAAGGGUGGUUUACAUGAGGCUAUUUGAAGUCUCCCUCACUGUAUGAUAAGUGGUACUGUCCAUGAUGGAACACAUAUGCAGAGAGAGAAUAUGCAGUUUUAAACAUUGAAUUGAUCAUAAUAACCCUUUCUUUACUGUGUAAAUGCUUUCUAUCACUCUAUUUCUGUCUUUCUCUCACUUAUUUUCUUUUCUACCAAUCAUGAAUCAUUACCUUGUUAGUACUUUAAUAACAUACACCUGUAAGGAAAAGGACCUGAACUAAAUAGUAUUUGCAAAUAAUCCUCAUAGUUUGCUUUAGCCUUCAUGGCACACCAAGAGUCAUUGGGGUUUGGUUUGCAUCGUACAGUGUACGAUAAGUCACAGAAGAUUGAAAAAACAUUUCAAAGUCAAAUGGGUAGACUUCUCUGUGAUGGGUUGAAUUAUAUAUAUAAUAACGCUAACUAGUUUGCAAAUACUACAUGACCCAGGUCUGAAAAAGUACUUAACUUAGAUGGUCAUUUCAAGGGUUUGUACAAAUAGUGAACCAUAAGCGUAAUUGUAAUGAAAAGACAACUUGUAAAUUCUACUGGGUAAACCACUAUUUUCAGGCAGUGGCGCUCUGUAUCUAAGAAAAAAAAAGAAAAAAGAAAAUUUGUUGUAUUUUAACUGUACUGGUCUGUGAAUCUAUGAUGCUUUUGCUCUGUAUAUUUGGAGAAUAAAAAUGAUGUUUGAGUUUG